AAGAACUUAUAAAACCCUUCAACUCCCUCUCAUACACUCUCACGAACAAAAAAGAAACUCAACACGAAUAUAUUCUCUUGUUUUAAUUUCCUUCUUCUUCGAUCUUGGUUUUUGUCAGAUUAAUAUCUGUAGUAAUGAUUUUAGGUUGGAGGAAGAGAAGAAUAGCCCGCCAUGCCGGGAAAAAGAAUCCCGCAGGCAACCACGAGAUGGAGCUUGUGAUUCCGAAUCAUUUCCGAUGCCCCAUAUCCCUUGAGUUGAUGAAAGAUCCUGUCACAUUGUCUUCUGGGAUUACCUAUGAUCGUGAAAGUAUCGAAACCUGGCUUGAAGCUGGGAAUUUUACGUGCCCUGUCACGAAUAAGAUGCUCAGGAGUUUUGAUCAGAUUCCUAACCACACACUCAGGAAGAUGAUCCAAGAUUGGUGCGUGGAGAAACAAAAUUAUGGAGUUGAACGCAUCCCGACGCCGAGAACUCCAGUCACGCCAAUUGAGGUUUCGGAGAUUCUUUUCGAUGUUUCAGCUUCAGCUCGAGAUAUUGACCAGUACAGAUGCUUAGAAUUGGUGCAGAAAAUUCAGAAAUGGGGUGCGGAGAGUGAACGAAAUAGGAGGUGCAUCGUCGCAAAUGGAGCAGCCGCUGUACUGGCUGCCGCAUUCGAUGCAUUUUCAAAUGAUUCUGUCGAGAGAAAUGUCGCAGUGUUGGAAGAGAUAUUGUCUGCACUGAAUUGGAUGUUUCCUUUUGAUGUGGAAGCCCAGAAAUCCUUAGGAUCUCGAGCUUCUUUGGGUUGCAUGGUCUGGUUUUUGAGCAGCAAAGAUCUUUCACCAAAGCAAGACUCCAUAGUAGCCUUGAAAGAGCUUCUUGCUUGUGAUCAAAAGCUUGUGGAAAAGCUGUCAGACAUUGAGGGAGUGAAUGAAUUGCUAGUUGAAUUCGUCAAAAAGCAAAUCUGUCCAACUAUUACAAAAGCUUCAAUCAUGGUGAUUUUCUACAUGGUUUCUGUUGCUUAUUCGUCCAGCGAGAAGAUCAAAUUAGCAUUUGUGAAGAUGGGUUUGGUUUCUUUACUUCUGGAGAUUCUUGUUGACUCAGAGAAAAGCAUAUGUGAGAGGGCUUUGGGUGUUCUCUGUGGACUUUGCAGCUGCAAAGAAGGGAGAGAAGAGGCUCAAAGUAAUGCCUUAACCGUACCAGUCAUGGUGAAGAAAAUCUUGAGGGUGUCGGACUUGGCGACAGAGUAUUCCAUUUCUGCAAUUUCGGAGCUCUGCAAAUAUGGAAGAAGGGAUGAAGGAAAAAUUCUGGUUGAGGCUCUUCAAGUUGGAGCCUUUCAGAAGCUCUUGUUAGUCAUACAGGUUGGUUGUGGUGAUAAGACAAAGGAGAAAGCAACUGAGCUUCUGAAACUGUUGAAUCCUUACAGGGCUGGGUUGGAGUGCAUUGAAUCUGUGGAUUUCAAGAAUCUCAAAAGGUCAUUUUGAAGAGAAAAAUCUUUAUUUUUCGAGUCGAUUCGAGUAUGUAAUUACUUAUAGUUUUGUUGUAGACUAUGUACCAAAAAUGGUGCAAAACUUUCAUACAGAAAGAUCUAGCUCAUCAGUUAGGUUUAAUUUCUUUCCACACAACUCAGUAAAUUGUGAGACAGUAUUGUUUUGUUCUUUAA